AUGGUUUUGCUCUCUGACCCCUCUGUAGUUUGCUGUCAUGAGAAGACACACUCGCAUGCGGAGGACGAGCUCUUCAAGAAGCUCUUCAUCGGGUACAACAAGUGGUCCAGACCCAUACCCAACAUCUCAGACGUGGUCAUCGUCAAGUUCGGCCUCUCCAUAGCACAGCUCAUUGAUGUGGACGAGAAGAAUCAGAUGAUGACGACCAACGUCUGGCUGAAGCAGGAGUGGAAUGACUACAAACUACGCUGGAGGCCUUCUGACUAUGACAACGUCACCUCCAUCAGAGUCCCGUCAGAACUAAUCUGGGUCCCAGACAUCGUCCUCUACAACAAUGCGGACGGUGAGUUCGCCGUGACCCACAUGACCAAGGCCCACCUGUUUCACAACGGGAAGGUGCGCUGGGUUCCCCCGGCCAUCUAUAAGUCCUCCUGUUCUAUAGACGUCACCUUCUUCCCCUUUGACCAGCAGAACUGUAAGAUGAAGUUUGGCUCCUGGACCUACGAUAAAGCUAAGAUUGACCUGGAACGCAUUGAGAACACUGUGGAUCUGAACAACUACUGGGAGAGUGGGGAGUGGGCCAUCAUCAACGCAGUGGGAACAUACAACACCAAGAAGUACGACUGCUGUCAUGAGAUCUACCCUGAUAUCACAUACUUCUUCAUCAUCAGACGGCUGCCUCUCUUCUACACCAUCAACCUGAUCAUCCCCUGUCUGCUCAUCUCCUGUCUCACCGUCCUAGUCUUCUAUCUCCCUUCAGACUGUGGGGAGAAGAUCACCCUGUGUAUCUCCGUCCUCCUCUCCCUCACCGUCUUCCUGCUCCUCAUCACAGAGAUCAUCCCGUCCACCUCCCUGGUCAUCCCUCUGAUUGGAGAGUACCUCCUCUUCACCAUGAUCUUCGUCACUCUCUCCAUCGUCAUCACUGUGUUUGUCCUCAACGUCCACCACCGCUCCCCGGGGACCCAUAAGAUGCCUCGCUGGGUCCACUCUGUCUUCCUGGACCUGAUCCCCAGGUGGCUGUUCAUGAGGCGGCCGGCGCCGGACGGAAGGAGAUGCAGGUUGUUGUUGCUCCAGCAGGGGGCAGCGGUGGCACGGCGUCAGGGACGGACCAUCACCGCCAGACCACCAGGCCUAGGCCCUCCUCCCUGCCUCAGCACCUCAGCCAGCUGGCUCCGGGACGGAGGGGGGACCAGGGAGGACCCCCGGGGACGGACCCCCUGUUAUGAGGACCUGGAGCUGGGGGCGCUGACCUCCUACUUCUCCUUCCGUCCUCCGUCACCCAGACCUCCGGGCUCCACCCCUCCGCCCCAGCAGAACCAUCCACCCCCAGGGGCAGGGCAGCCCCAGAACCGCCUGGAUGGGGGGGUCGGAGGAGGAGGAGGAGGAGGAGGAGGGGUGAAUAGAAGGGUUAACCCAACCCAGCAACCGGCUAACUUGGUGUCAGAGUCUAGAGGGAUAGAUUUCCCUUUGUCUCCCAGCGUGAUACGGGCUCUGGAGGGGCUGCACUACAUUGCAGACCACCUGAGGGCAGAGGACGCCGACUUUAGUGUGAAGGAAGACUGGAAGUACGUUGCCAUGGUGAUCGACCGUAUCUUCCUGUGGAUGUUUAUCAUCGUGUGUCUCCUAGGAACCAUUGGACUCUUCCUCCCUCCCUGGCUGGCUGGCAUGAUCUAGGACCUGGACUCUUCCUCCCUCCCUGGCUGGCCAUCAUGAUCUAGGACCUGGACUCUUCCUUCCUCCCUGGCUGGCCACCAUGAUCUAGGACCUGGACUCUUCCUUCCUCCCUGGCUGGCCACCAUGAUCUAGGACCUGGACUCUUCCUUCCUCCCUGGCUGGCCAUCAUGAUCUAGGACCUGGACUCUUCCUUCCUCCCUGGCUGGCCACCAUGAUCUAGGACCUGGACUCUUCCUUCCUCCCUGGCUGGCCACCAUGAUCUAGGACCUGGACUCUUCCUCCCUCCCUGGCUGGCCAUCAUGAUCUAGGACCUGGACUCUUCCUCCCUCCCUGGCUGGCUGGCAUGAUCUAGGACCUGGACUCUUCCUCCCUCCCUGGCUGGCCAUCAUGAUCUAGGACCUGGACUCUUCCUCCCUCCCUGGCUGGCCAUCAUGAUCUAGGACCUGGACUCUUCCUCGCUCCCUGGCUGGCCAUCAUGAUCUAGGACCUGGACUCUUCCUCCCUCCCUGGCUGGCUGGCAUGAUCUAGGACCUGGACUCUUCCUCCCUCCCUGGCUGGCCAUCAUGAUCUAGGACCUGGACUCUUCCUCCCUCCCUGGCUGGCUGGCAUGAUCUAGGACCUGGACUCUUCCUCGCUCCCUGGCUGGCCAUCAUGAUCUAGGUCCUGGACCCUUCCUUCCUCCCUAGGGUCUGGGCCUGAGAUCUACCAUGCCUGGCCGGCAUGAUUUAGGACCGGGGGUCUGGCCUGAGAUCUACCAUGCUUGGCACAAGACUGGCAUCAUUUAGGGCCUGUAGACCUAUCCUCUGCCCCCAGAGCAGGCUGGCACAGUGUAACUGGCACUACGACAGUGGUGUGCAGUAACUUGAACCAAUUGGUAUUCAUGCAGAAAAUUAUGAUUUAGGAGGAGAUGAAGAACUGUUAACAAACAUCAUAUCCAAGCAGGCAGAGGACCUUUCUGUUCCACAUAGGAAUAUCCAAGCAGGCAGAGGACCUUUCUGUUCCACAUAGGAAUAUCCAAGCAGGCAGAGGACCUUUCUGUUCCACAUAGGAAUAUCCAAGCAGGCAGAGGACCUUUCUGUUCCACAUAGGAAUAUCCAAGCAGGCAGAGGAUCUUUCUGUUCCACACAGGAAUAAACAGAACUGAGGAGGUAACUAGAUGACUGACUGGCACAACCAAUGUACUGCUUCAUAUUGGAGAAGCAAUGACUUGUGGGUAAAUGCUAUCCAAUAAGGUGACUGUCCGCUUUUCACCUCGAAAGGACAAAUAAGUUGCAUGCUCUACUGGGAGAGGAAAAAUAGUACUUUGAUAAUAUGAACUCUGAAUCAGUUUGCAUUGCAUCUCUCUCUCUCUCUCUCUCUCUCUCUCUCUC